UAAGGUCAAGGAGGGAGGUAGUGGCUGUGCUCUCACUCGGCUGAGUGGGCGAUGCUGUGGACGCUGGCCAGAGCGUUGGCUCUUCGGAGACCCGGCCGAGGCAGGGCCGGCUGGAGGGGGCUGUGGACCGGCCGCCCGCAGUCAGAUACUGAUAAUAUGAAGCCACUGGAGGGUGUGAGAAUUCUGGAUCUAACAAGAGUACUGGCAGGACCUUUUGCUACGAUGAAUUUAGGCGACCUUGGAGCAGAAGUUAUUAAGGUGGAAAGACCAGGAGCUGGUGAUGACACACGAACUUGGGGACCUCCUUUUGUGAACACAGAAAGUACAUAUUUUCUUAGUGUUAAUCGAAAUAAAAAAAGUAUAGCUGUUAAUAUCAAGGAUCCAAGAGGGGUGAGAAUCAUCAAAGAGCUUGCAGCCAUUUGUGAUGUAUUUGUGGAAAACUAUGUCCCUGGCAAACUUUCUGAGAUGGGCCUUGGGUAUGAAGAUAUAGACAAGAUUGCUCCUCACAUCAUCUACUGUUCCAUCACAGGAUAUGGCCAGACAGGGCCUAUGUCUCAGAGAGCAGGUUAUGAUGCUAUUGCCUCUGCUAUGUCUGGUCUGAUGCACAUUACAGGGCCCGAGGAUGGAGAUCCUGUUCGCCCAGGAGUGGCCAUGACUGAUCUUGCUACUGGCCUGUUUGCCUAUGGAGCCAUUAUGGCUGGUCUCAUACAACGUUACCGAACUGGAAAAGGACUGUUUAUUGAUUGUAAUCUACUGUCAUCUCAGGUGGCGUGUUUGACUCAAGUAGCUGCUAAUUAUCUUAUUGGCCAAAAGGAAGCAAAACGAUGGGGCACAGCUCAUGGCAGCAUUGUUCCUUAUCAGGCUUUUAAAACCAAGGACGGCUAUCUUGUAAUUGGAGCAGGAAAUAACCAACAGUUUGCUGUUGUAUGCAAGAUCUUGAAUUUGCCUGAGUUGAUUGAUGAUUCCAAGUAUAAAACAAACCAUCUUCGGGUGCAGAAUAGAAAAGAGCUUGUUAAAAUCCUAUCUUCACGGUUUGCAGAAGAAGUAACUGCCAAGUGGCUUUGUCUCUUUGAAGGAAGUGGGAUUCCAUAUGGUCCAAUCAACAGUAUGAAGGAUGUGUUCUCUGAAGCCCAGAACAAGAAAUUAUUCACAGUGCUUAUAUAUUUGAAGGAGAUAUGCUUCAUCCCAGUGUUGCACAAUGGCCUCAUUAUGGAGAUAAACCAUCCCACUGCUGGAAAAAUUUCAGUCCCAGAUGACUUCUUAAUUUCUAUGCAGUUCAUGGAUCCUUUUGGUCCAGCUGUGAGAUACAGCAAGUUCAAGAUGUCAGAGGCAAAGCCACCUCCUCUGUUGGGACAGCACACGAAACACAUCCUGAAAGAGGUCCUCAGAUAUGAUGACAGGGCUAUCGGGGAGCUACUCGGCUCCGGUGUGAUAGAACAACAUGAAACCAAGUGACAGAGGAGAAUGCAUUAGAAAGCUGGCCCUGGCUAGCCCAGACUACGCUCUGUGCAUGCCUUUCCCUGGUCUUGAUCCCUCUGAAUGGCAGAGUGAGAACUACAGAUUUCUUGCCUGGCAUCUCUGGGGUAACUUUAGAAUUAAAGUCUAGUGCCAAAUUAAAAGCUUACUACUUUGACUUUUUCCCCAGAAAAUAAUUUGUUGGUUUGUGGACUUUGAUUAAUUCUAUUGUUUCCAUCCAGAAGAAAUGAUGACCAUUAGGUGAUGGAAUGCUGUUCUGAUUUGAUUCCUCCACACAUGUAUGGGAACAUCAUAUUAUAAACUGUAGUUUCGAUUUGUCAAUUGAAAAUAAAACAAAACAUAAUUUUCUUUCUGAAAAAGCCCUCUUUAUUCUAAUUUCCUUAAUGCCCUAAAAUGUUUGCCUGUCCCCCACACGAGCCUGAAAAAAAGCAGAACUCUUGACAUUUUCUACUUGUACAUAAAGUCCUCAUUUAAAUCUUUGUUAGGAAGUCAAAGCAAUAAGCAGAAUGACAGCCUCUGUGAUUGAUUUUAAACAGUAUAACUUAAUUUCAAGCCCACAAACCCUUUGUUAGUCUGUAAUUUAAGCCACGAACUUUGCUGAUGUCUGUUGUAAGGCUGAGCUCCACUCUGCCCGUAAGGAGUAAAUAUUUGCUUUAUGUUGUAUUUCCCUGGUGAUAUUGUGAUGUGCAAUGGAAUAUCAAUUUCUACCUAUUCAUUUAGAGCAUGAGUAUUUGAGUACGUGAGAGGACAUAGUGGUUCCUCCCUUGUUACCAAAUUUUGAGACAUAGCCAGAUGCAACACUCUUUAAAUAAAUGUGAGGUGAUGCCUCAAAUGUUAAAGUGUAAAGAGUACCAAAUGGGGACAUGAUAGGACAUACUUCUUUGUAAUUUGAAGAUCUCUGUAGAAGAUAGUAGCGUGUGUUUGUGUUUUGAUUUGGCAGGAAUUCCACUUAUAGAAAUAUCUGUCUUGAAGAUAAAAAGUGACCAGGAUAUGUAAUUUAGAAUGAAUUGCCACAGAAAAGUACAUAGGCCAGGUUCAGACCAGGACAUCUGGUGCCACUUGGUCAGUGUCCUGGUAUAAUCUCCACUCAUGGCCAUUGGCACACAUACUACAAAGCACUGGCAUUAUAUGGUGAUAGUAAUUGAAAGUUAAAUUACAGAUGUUUGUCUUUCAAACUGAUUCAAAGCUGGUUUUCAUUUCAUUUGGGAUGGUUUGAGUCGCUUACUGGUUCUAUAAGUUACCAAAAUAAAAAGGAUACCAAAUAAAAAGUAUUUCUACAGAUUCUUCAGAGGAAAGCAUCCUACUUUUGGGGACUCCCCCAACUGCAGUUUUGCUGUUCAACUUGUUGUACUCUGAAGAACCCCUGUUAUUACUCCAUUAGAUAUAAUUUUGUCAUAACAUAGUAGUUUGAUGCCUUCUGCAUUCCUUUGCUUCAGUUCCUAAUUUGUAAAGACACAUAUGAGAUGUUCACAUUAAACUAGUCGUUUAAAGAUUUAA